GGGGGGCCGGGCCUGCGGGCGGCCGCUGCGCCGCGCACCCAUGGACGGCCCGGCCAUCAUCACCCAGGUGACCAACCCCAAAGAGGACGAGGGCCGGGUGCCGAGCGAGAAAGCUUCCCAGUGCAACAUCAGCUUAAAGAAGCAGAGGAGCCGCAGCAUCCUCAGCUCCUUCUUCUGCUGCUUCCGGGAUUAUAAUGUGGAGGCCCCUCCAUCCAGCAGACCCAGCGUGCUUCCACCACUGGUGGAGGAGAAUGGUGGGCUUCAGAAGGGUGACCAGAGGCAGGUCAUUCCCAUACCAAGUCCACCAGCUAAAUACCUCCUUCCAGAGGUGACGGUGCUUGAUUAUGGAAAGAAGUGUGUGGUCAUUGAUUUAGAUGAAACAUUGGUGCACAGUUCAUUUAAGCCUAUUAGUAAUGCUGAUUUUAUUGUUCCUGUUGAAAUCGAUGGAACUAUACACCAGGUGUAUGUACUGAAGCGGCCACAUGUGGAUGAGUUCCUCCAGAGGAUGGGGCAGCUCUUUGAGUGUGUGCUCUUUACUGCCAGCUUGGCCAAGUAUGCAGACCCUGUGGCUGACCUCCUAGACCGCUGGGGUGUGUUCCGGGCUCGGCUCUUCAGAGAAUCGUGUGUUUUCCAUCGUGGGAACUAUGUGAAGGACCUGAGCCGCCUUGGUCGAGAGCUAAGCAAAGUGAUCAUUGUCGACAAUUCUCCUGCUUCAUACAUCUUCCAUCCUGAGAAUGCAGUGCCUGUGCAGUCCUGGUUCGAUGACAUGACAGACACAGAGCUGCUGGACCUCAUCCCCUUCUUCGAGGGCCUGAGCCGUGAGGACGACGUGUACAGCAUGCUGCACAGGCUCUGCAAUAGGUAGCCCUGGCCUCUGCCCACCUCUGCCUGUGCACUCUGGAACCUCUGGCCUCAGGGGACCUGCCUGGCCUCAGCUCCCUGGGAGCUGAAAGUGAGGAUACUCUGUGCUCCAGGCCACAGGGUAAAUGUGGCCAUGCCUCCCUAUUUUGUUUUUUAAGAACAGAAACAACUAUUUUAAAAAGAACUCUUUUAACAGAUUUCAUAAAGGGACAUGCAUUUUACUGGAUUUCCUUUUCUUAAACAUACCAAAAAGAAAAAAAAAAAAAAAAAAAAAACACAGAGGGAAAAAAAAAGCUUGAUAUCUAUCAGACUUCCUUUCAACUGUCCUCCCCUCCAAGCAGACAACUUUCCCCCUUCUAUCCCAGCUCGGAGCAGCUGACCCAACUCAGAAUCUCUUUUGUACAGGAUGAAGUGCCUUUCUGAAUGUUAUUUUAAGCUGAGAGUUAAUUUUUCUACACAACAUAUUUCCAGACAUCUUUUAGUCUUUUAUUGUCUUGAAUACUCUAAGAUGAAAAUGACAGUUUUCUAGAACCUGGUAGCGUGUGUGUGUGUGUGCGUGUGCGUGUGCGUGUGCGUGUGCGUGUGUGUGUGGCAGGGGUGACACGGGAGGGGGGUGAAUUAUAGGAGCCUGUCUCCCAACAGGUGUGACUUUGCUCUGACGACCUGUGGCAUGCUGCAGGGUCAGGUUCCUGAUCGGAGUUUUUGUGACUUUGUUGUCUCUAUUCAUUUCUGACCCAGUUUGGAAUGUAUCUGCAAUUGUGUGACUCAACACUUUAGAAAACAAUAGAUUCCCUUAUAUUAUUUCUGAUGGUGACAAAUUUGUCUUGAGGUCACAUUUUCCCCUUGAAAAGUGAUGUCAUGUGAUUUCUGCUUUCACACUACUGCCAUACUUCUGUGUUUUUUGUUGUUUUGUUGUUGGUUUUGGUAGAUCAGUUAUAAGAAAGCCUAAAACCCUUGGAUAUAUUUUUUAAAAAGUUGUUUAUUGACUUUUAAAUCUUUCCUUUCCAAAAGCUGGAUAUACGUGGAGCUGUUUGGGAAUUUUCUUUGCUGCUACCGUGCUGCCACCAAAUGGAAUUGACCAGCGGCUGUUACACUGUUCUUUGCCACUGUGCCUAUGCUCAGAAUAUGCUCACUGCUAAGCUGCAAACUUGGACAGGGUCAGAAACUUAGGUGUCCCACCCCAUUGCAGACUGUACCAAUUGUAUCCCUUCCCUGGCACUUGCCACUGGGAAUGCAGAAGAGUACAAAGUAAAAGGGUCAGAGCACCACACAGGUGUGGCAUUAAUUUCAAACUUCUGUCAACAUCAGAUGCUGUGAUAAGCUGACCAUUCUCUCUCGAGAAUCUGUGGCCUCAACCAUCCAGCAAGCUGAUGUGGCCCAAGUCCAUCUCUUGGUCUUCUCCUUUGAAGCACAGCCUAUUUCUGAGCCCAGGGUUAGGGAAGCCUGUCUAGAUAUGGGACUCAUCACCCCAAACCAGGGAGAGGAAGGGCUCCCUCCUCUAAGCCCAGGCUCUCUUUGCAGCCUUUCCCAGGUUGAGCAGUGCCAUGUUCCUUGUUUGACAACAAGAUAGUCUGUGAAGUAUUGCUCUUAAAAAUACUUUUAUAGAACACUUUGUGUUGGCACCAUUGCCUUAGUCUGUGGGUUGUGCCUCAGCCAGAGUUCUGGUGGGAGCGACUGGCACUCACAAGAAUGGAAAUUGAGGGUCAAAGUAAAAUUUCUUUUUUUGCUUUCAUCCAUAAAAUAAUGAAGCCAGCUGUCAGUCACAUCCUCCCAGCAGCACUUUGGUCUGUGGACUGCCGUGCAUUCAGAAGAGAAGUAAGUAUUUGGAGGGUAACCAGGUCUCCCAAUAUUCUGAGUAUUCCAAACCCUGUAAUCUGUAUGCCAAGUAAACUGGAAACAGCCCCCCUUGCUAGGCAUUACCACAGACAAUGACAGUUACAUGGCAGAACUGCACAUGCCAUAAACCUUUGUUUGGAAACCAGUCAUUAAAUUAACCCACUGCCUUAAAUGUCUUGAAUGUUGCAGUCAAGUGUCUGUCAUGUGUUGGUACCCAUACAGAAUGAGGCCCUGAUAAGAGCCUUAGACCUUCAUCCUUGCCCCCUUUGUUGGCAUCACAGGGCCUUAUUUGGAGGAAGGGGCAGAGAGAAUUGAAAUUCCAGAAUAUUUCAGGGGAAGCAAACCUAGGAAUAGUGCUCCAUUUCUGACAGAUGGAGUGAAGACACUUGGCAGGCUUGAGCCAAACCCUUCACCUAGUAGUUCCUGAAACUGAGCGCCACUGCACUAAGCCAGUGCGGAGCUGUUGGGGAUGGAGCCCAGUUCCUGCCACCACAGACACAGAAUGCCUUGGGAGGGCCAGCCAGCACUCUGAGGGUUCUGGAAUCUGUGCACCUUAUUUGACCACACUCCAAAAUUCCAUUUUUAUUUUAACCCUUGAUUCUGCUUUAUCUACGUAAUCAAAAAUAUCUCUAUCUAGUAUAUAUUUUUUUAAUCAUCUACAUGAAAAUGAAGCAAUAGAAUUCUAACAUAAGGCCAAGAAAUUAGAUGAAUGUUUGGGGUUUAUUUUUUUUAAGGUAAAUACGGGUAUUGUUUUUAAUUAUUACCUUUUAUUAAUUGUGGGCUUUAAUACCUAAUGAAAGCUGUUAGCUACUUCUCUGUGCCAUAUACUUCCCAUGAUACCAAAAUAUCCCCAACUCUUUAGCCAAAAGAGAAGUCUGACUUCCUGAGUUUCCAUGGUCCUGUCUGUACCAGGUUAAAUUGUAAUCUCCUGGACAAAACUUUUCUACAUGAAGAUCUGGGACAGGAUACCUAGGGUUCAUGGACCCCAGCCCACUAUGAUGUUAUGAUAUCUCUGGCCAGGCCUCGAGUGGAGGUGUCCAGGCACUCCUAACAUUGUUAAUGCUCUGUCUUCCAUUUGCUCUGGAAUCCUACGUCUUGGUCUGUGGUUUCAUGCAUUAGCUGUUAGUAAACCGCAUUUAUAUACUAAAAAGGAACACCACCUUUUGCACCAUUGAUGGUUGGUAGGAAGCUCCUUUGACAUGGUGCAAUUUUGAUGAGAUGACUUUGGGAACAUGAGGAUGCCCUAAUGACACUGACUUGUCAUGGUUGCAGCAUUUGAACUUUUGGUAUAAAAAAGAAAUCUAUAAGUUUAUAACCUGGCAACAUUUUACAACCCUGUAUUUUAAAGAUGAUUUCUAAUAAAAUCCAGAACCACACAGCCCUAUGGUCAAACACUCGUGACGUUUGUGCCUCUGCUUAUAAAGGUGCUGUGCUGGACAGCUGGCAUGCCAGGGUUUGAGAAGAGUGGAUGGCUUGAAGUAUUUGCAGUUACCUGUGCAAAAUCAGCUGGCUGCCUCUGUUCCUAUUUUACUGUAAAUGUGAUCACAUCUGUUCCUGUUCCAUCCUCCCAGGAGCUUCUCUGCAGACUGACACCCCCCAAGUAUUGGAGAUGCUGGUGUCUGGGUGGUCAUGGAUUUCUGUUGGACAUUUGAAUGUGAUAAAUAAUCCAGCAUUACUUGGGAAAUACUACAUGCGGAAUGUGCACGUUUCCAGGGACAAGUAUUGUCAAUCAAGACAUUUGCAAUGAUUUCCUUCCUGCCAAAAAUAAACGUGAAACUGCGCUCUCUU